AUGACUGGCGAUCUCGUCCUCAUCACCGGUAUCACCGGCUUCCUUUCUGCUCAUGUGCUCGACGCCGCGCUCAUUGCGCCCCAGCAGUAUCGCGUGCGAGGGACUUUGCGCUCAGCAUCCAAGAAGGAAGCGCUCCUUGCGCGUCUCACGCCUGCUCAGCGAGAGCGGGUGGAGCUCGUCGAGGUGAAGGAUACAGCUACCAGCGACUUGACCGAAGCGCUCAAAGACGUCAAGUACGUCGCCCACGUCGCCAGUCCUUAUCAGCUGGUGAGCGCUUCUAAUUGUGCGCCCACACCGGCAUACAUGCUCACGCGACUUGCGUGCUCCCUGCCCCUCUUUGCAUCAUCAGAAUGUGGAAGACGCCGAGAGGGACUUGUUGAAGCCUGCCAUCGAGGGCACUCUCAACCUGCUGCGGUAUGCAGCCAAAUCCCCAACGGUCGAACGAGUCGCGGUGACCAGCUCCUUUGCCGCCGUAACAGAUUUGUCAGUGGGCUCGCUAUGAAUGGGUGGCUGUGUUGUACGCUGAUGCACUUUGCCUUCUCUGACGUUCAGCUCCAAGGGAGGCGCAAAUCGCCCGGGAUACACUUACACUGCUGAAGACUGGAAUCCCUCCACGUUCGACGACGCUGUCAAAAUGGGAGGGGCGGGAGCCUUCAGCUAUUCUGUAAGCAAGAAGCUUGUGAGUGCGCAGUCGGAUACGCUCCUGGUGCAGAUGUUUCCAAGACUCAUCAAUCUAAUGCUCACCGACCUGGUGCAGGCGGAGCAAGCUCUUUACGAUUUUGUGCAGAAGGAGAAGCCCGACUUCACCGCUGCGGCCUUUAACCCGCCCAUGAGUGAGUGACUAACCGACUCCAAACUUAAAAAAUUGAGAUUGACGCCCAGUCUUCUGCUUUUCAGUCUACGGGGCAACGCUUCAGCCAGGCGUGAACGCAUCCAACCUAAACACGUCCAGCAAGACCGUCUACGGGGUGAGUCCGCUGGCGUCAUGCGCAGUCGUUCUGAUGUAAUUGGCCGCAUUGACUGAUGAGAGAAUGCUUUGUCUGGUUAUUUGCCACCGUACAGCUCAUCAGUGGAGCCGAGGCGAUGCCGGAGAACCGUCUACCUUUGUUCUGCAACGCACAAGAUGUCGCUCAGGCCCACGUUGCGUACUUUGCGAUCCCCUCGCCGCCCAAGACGCGCCGCUACCUGCUAUCGGGACGUGAGUGCAGCACAAGCAGCUCGGUGCUCGACAGGCUCGCUGAUAGCGCAUACACCAUCCCCUUCACCAGCCGAGCCGUACACUUGGGAGCUUGCGGUUGGACAAAUCGCAGAAGAUCACCCAGAACUCAAGUCGAGGUUGCCUAAAGGCUGGGAAUCGGUGGCAAUCACGGACCCGUCUCAGUUGGAGGGCAAAUAUGCAACGCUGGACACCUCGCUCGCGCAAAAGGAGCUCGGCAUCGAAUUCAAGAACUGGUCCACCACACUCAAGGAAACGCUCACUAGUCUUUUGUCGCUCGAGGAGAGUAGCGAUUGGAAGGCGUGA